CCGCCGCCGCAGACAAUGGCCGCCCCCGCCCCCCCGCGCCGCGGCGAGCCCCUGCUGCCGGCGCAGCUUUGCCGGAGCCAUUCACUUGCGACCGAUUGCGAUCGCGGCAGAUGGGCUGGAUCUGACAGCCCCGCUCCUCCGCGGGGCCGGGGGCGGAGGGGCCCGGCCGCCGCGCUCCCCGCCCCGCCGAAAGUGCCACCCCGGGCGCCCGCCCGCCCUCCCCAGGCACAUGUGCCGCGUCCCGCGGCGGCAGCGGGAGCGGGAGGAGAAGCCGCCGCGGCGGAACAAAGCGGAAGAGGCGAGCGGCGGCGGCGGGGCGGCCGGCCCGGGGGGCGGCGGCCGCUCUGCCCGGGCGGGGGCCGGCGGCGGCGGGGGGCUCCCCGGCCCGCCGGGACGCGCUGCCGCCGCCCGCCGCAGCAUGCCCCACCGCCGAGCAGGGAGAAGCUGUCUGUGGCUCGGCUGCAGCGAGAAGUUGCACAAAGUAAGAGUGAAGGAGCAAUGCGUGAGAAGCUGAUACAUGAGUUGGAGGAAGAAAGACAUUUGAGACUUGAGAGUGAAAAAAGAUUACGGGAGGUGACCCUGGAGUCGGAGCGUAGCAGAGCUCAGAUGCGUGGGCUGCAAGAACAGUUUUCCAGAAUGGAGGAGACAGUGAGAAAUCUGCUAGAGAGCCAAGGAUCCCCAGGCCAGCAUGGAGAAGGAACUGUCAAUAUCAUGAAGGUAUAUCAGGAAAAGCUGUCAGAAGACAGCAGAAAAUGUAAAGAAGGCAUGGAAAAAAAUCACACACCAGCAGAUGAAGAUUCAAGAAGUGAAAGCAGCAGCACUGAAGAGGAAAAGGAAAGGACAAAAUUGCUAUUGGAGCGUUUGAAAGCUCUGGAGGCAGAGAAUUCAGCGCUGGCUCUGGAAAAUGAAAAUCAGAGAGAACAGUAUGAAAGAUGUCUUGAUGAGGUAGCUAAUCAGGUUGUUCAGGCUCUACUUACUCAAAAGGAUCUGAGGGAGGAAUGUAUAAAGCUGAAAAUGAGAGUUUUUGAUUUGGAACAACAGAAUCGAACAUUAAGUGUGCUUUUCCAGCAAAAAGUCAAACCAGCUUCUGACCUUCUUCUUCAGAAACUCCAUUCACGCAUCUUAGACCUCUCAUCUGGGGAUUUGCUUUCAGAAGUAGAAAGAAACAGAAGCCUGAUGCAAUCUCGAACUGCUGAUGCUCAGAUUCACGAAUGCCAGCAGAAUGUGAAAUCCAGUAUACCCGUCUUGAAAUGCCAGAGUCAAUUAAAUAUGACAGGUCCUAUCCGCCUGUAUCCCCGGAGCAGCUGCAGUAGCAGUGAACUCUCCCUCUCAAGUGCUUGCAGUGAAUAUUCCAGUGGUUCCUCAUACACUUGGAAUGAUGGAAAGAUAUGCAGCAAAAGGUUAUCCGUGAGCUGGGAUAAAAGAGUAAGCAUUGGUUCUUCGCUCCCGAGCAACCUCUCAAGUCCUGCAGAUGAUCUACCUCCAACUCGUAUAAAGGAAAACCAUAUCUUAGAAGGGCUAAAAAAAUUACAGAAGCAAAAAGUAUUACUUGAAUCACCUUCAGUAAUAUCAAAGUGGGGUUACAAAGACUGUAUGAACUCUAAUGAAGGAAUAUAUUCCCCUGGAGUUAAAUGUGGCAGCCAUAAUGAACAGACUCAUUGUAAGCCCAUGGAAAUAGGAAGUAUUUGCAUUGAACAUAGCAAAACUUUCUCUUACGAUUCAGAUUUGCAUGAUGAUGCAGAUGAUGACUCUUCAUCCUUACUGUUGCUGCAGGAAGCACCAAGCAAAGACUGCAGGACCUGCUGUAACAAAUUAACUCACAGUGUUUCUGACAGUCUCUUUGACUGGGAUCCUAAUAGGAAACACUUGCCAGAAAGAAGUUCAUAUUUUAAUUCGAAGGAAAGACCUGAAAAAUUGACUAGUUUUGUCAGCGGAUUUCAGGCAGAAUUAAAAUCAUGCACCAGAGCAAAGCUGCCUGAGUUAGAGUUAAAUCAAAGCCAUGCUAAUAUAGGCUGGAAGGACCUUAAUUUUCAGCUUUCAGACACUGAUGACAAUGAAGUGUUGGAUGAAUUGCAUAUAGAAAGCAGUGAUGAGAAAAGUCCAUCAGAUUUAUUAGCAACUCCUUUUACUGAGAAGUACACAAAGACAUCUGACGUGCUCAAAGUCAUGGAGAAUUCUCAGUUUGUAUCUACUGACAAAGAGGAAAACCAGACAUCUUCUCACUCAGACAUUAGGCCAAAGACAUGUAAUUUCAUUAAACAACAAAAGGUUAUAAAAAAGACCUCUUCUGAAGAGUGCAUUACGGUAAUAUUUGAUGCUGAGGAUGGUGAGCCUAUUGAAUUCAGCUCACAUCAAACUGGAGUUGUCACUGUAACAAGAAAUGAAAUUUCAAUCAACCAGCCACAAACUGCAUCCAGUGCAGAAUAUACUGAACUUAUACCUCAGGGAAUAACUGACUUGCUGACGGAAACCAGUGCUAGAAACUACACUGCUUUAGAAAGACCUGAAGAUGAAACCGAGAAAAAGGUUCUUGAAGAUAAUACAGGGAAGAAAAAUACAGUUGUCCCCAUGACCUGCAGUGAAUCUUCACGCUGUGGAAAAGUGACACUGCAAAAUACUCCACGACAAAAACUAGUGAAGCCAGUGUAUGAUGUGUCAUACAAGGCAAAUUCAAGCUCCACUGCACAUGCAGGAAUCAAUCAAAAGCCAAACUUGACUAAAAUACCCAGCAGAGGUAAAUUUUCUCCACAAAAAAUUGCAGUGACGGAGAGCAAGGAGACACCUGUAGCUCAAUCAGUGGGCCCUGCAACCCUUGAAAAAUCACCUGCUCUGCCACCUGUAAAGCUUUCAAGAUUCAAAAAGGCACAAAGUCCACCUCGUAACUUUGACUCAAAAGCUGACUUUCAGGUUCCAAAGCCCCCUGUCUGCCCUCUGCCUGGCUUGAAACGUCCAGGCAGAGGCGAUGGGCCAAAGUGUCCAAAGAGCCAGAGUCCAGCAUCACCACUGUUGCCUCAGCACCUUAUAGAGCCUAGUGACUAUGGAGAACCCCCAACCAGAGACUUCCAUUGUGAUUUAGCAACUGUAGAAGCCCGAUCACCAUCCCCACCCAUUCCUCCAGGCAGGUCAACAUCCCUGUUGAUUCGGCCUAAUUAUGCUUAUUCACCACCUGUAGCAGUAAAGUUAGGAGGAGCUGGUCCCAGUGAAAAUGCAAAAAAUGUACUGAAAUCAUCACCGUUAAAAGGAACUGUGAACUCUGGCUUUCAUAAUCAAUCUAGUCAUGAAAUGCAAGCAAAAAAUAUAUCUUCUGGGGCCAAAAUUGAAUUAUCUUACCUUCAAGAAAAUGCAGAAGCAAUUAUGCAAAAUAAAUGUGUAUCUCAGCAACCCCAUAGUGCAUGCCAAGGACUUUCCAAAGUUUCUGUGAAGCAAGUCUGCCCAAAAAGCCCUAAUCAGCUGGGUCUCCACAGGAAUCAUGAAUUUUCCAACACAGAUUUUCAAACAACCAGGUCCUUUUCUCUGGGUUGUCCGUCAUUGGAAACCACUUCAUCACAAGAUGCAUAUUCCAGCAAAAAAGAUAUUUCCAGUGACAGUGGGGUAGAUCAGCCACAAAAGAUGCCAAGCAUUCUCCCCACAACUCCUCAGUGUCAUACAACAAGCACAAGUGAGCCGUUACUAUCUCAGGUGAACAAUUCCCCAUUGUCAACACUGAUUCAUGGUACUGAUGCUCCACAUGCUACCCAAAACUCUAAUGAGAAAGGAAUGAAAACCCGUCUCCCUGUAGGCCUGAAAUUAUUUGUCAAAUCUCCCCAACUUCUCCGAAAGAGCUCUACUGUACCAGGGAAGCAGGAAAAAGACAGUAUAAAUGCAGCUUCCAAAAGUAACGUGAGUUCAAGUAAGUACAGGCAAAAUGAAUCUAUAUGCAUAACCUCCCGAAGUGCAAUGGAUGCUGAAUUAAAAGACUCUAAGUCUGAUACUGAAAUCAAAAAUCAUCUUACUGUGGGACUUGGUAUGGAUACAGCGUCACCUCAUUCACAUGAAAACUGCAGCUUGGUGGUAGACAGAGUAGAUGGAUUAGAAAACAGAUUAGUUAAGAGAUCUGUUUCUUCUAGCAACAAGUCUCACUUGAAACCAGCUCUGGGCAUGAAUGGAGCAAAAGCUCGUAGUCAGAGUUUUAGCAUUCAUACAGGGGAAAAGGCAUCUACCCCCGUGACAGAAGGUCUUGGAAAAGUACGAACUCAGAUUAUUACAAACACUUCUGAUAGAGGAAAUUCUUUAACAAGGCAGAACUCAGCCAUGGAAGGACUUCAAAUCAAAGCCGUUCCUGGGUCAGCAGUGACACCAGAGACUCUUUCAUAUACUCCUAAAACCACAGAGAAUUCUUAUUCUAGACAAGGUUCUCUUGGAAAUAUGAGCAGUUGCAAUAGCCAGCAUGGAAGCCCGAGCAAAUUGCCCUUCAGAUCAUCUCCAAAAGCAGACUCGUUUCAUAACACUUCAAGAUGUGAUGGUAACAAACCAUUUUCUCAGAAAGAUGCACGCAGUCUAUCUGUCCAGAGUGAGAAAAGCACUGAAAGUUUUAAACAUGAAGCUGUAAGUAAAAAAAGUGUUCUGCCAGCAGAAUUGGAGUUAGAAGCGUCAGCUACUGUAUCCUCCAAACAAAUUUCAUCAUUUCAAAGCUCAGAUGGAAUAAAAUGUCCUCAUAAACUCGAAGUGACAAAGUCACGUAGACAGCAAAUGUCUUUAAAAUUAGCGGAAACCUCUGAGAAGGUUACCCAUGUUUUGAGUUCACCGGCUCUGCAACCUACAAUAGAGGAGAAAGUCAUGUUAUGCAUCCAAGAAAAUGUGCAAAAGGGUCAGGGACAAACCAAAUCUCCCACUGUGGAGACUAAGCAAAAGACUGGGCCUUCUAUAGCUAGUUGGUUUGGCUUUCGAAAGAGCAAGCUCCCAGCACUGAGUAGCAGGAAAGCUGAUGUUCCUAAAACAAAGGUAGAAAAAAAAGAUGUAAAAGUUUCAGGAUUUGGAAUUAAGCAGGCAAAAUUAGAGAGAAGAAAAGAAAAAAAGAAAACUGAACAACACUGUGAAAUAGAAAAUGAAAUUAACAGGAAAACAGACAACAGUGACAUUUUAGCUGAUGUCAUGGAGAGCAAAAUUACGAAACCUUCACAAGACAUGCCUGGUGAGAUUGAGUGUGAACAAGUCAAAGGUUCCGCCACGGCUACAUACUCACCAAAAGACAGUUUUAUGAAAGAGCUUUUAAACAGAGUUGAUAAGAAAGCAGCUCAGCAGACAGAAAGUGGAUCAAAUAAUGUUUCCUACAGGAGUGUGUCGAAGGGCAGCUCCCAGGGCUCCUCUCUUCACAGCAACUCUAUCAGCGCUCAAGGAAACCACAAGAAAAACAGCAACACAAAAGCUGAUAUGGAAAUGCAGAAUCAGACCCUGGCUAAAGUAGUCACAGAAAACCUGCAAGAGGAAGAGGAGGACACCAUGACAAGGACUACAUGUCAGAGUCAUGUGAUAGAGUCUUGCUGCCAGAUGAGGACGCUGGACAGCGGGAUUGGAACCUUCCCCCUCCCUGACUCAGGGAACCGUUCUACAGGGCGACAUGUUUCUAGACAAGAAUCAGCCUUGGAAACAGAAGACCUUGCACCAUCUGAGCAAGUUCUGCUUUCACCUCCUUCAGUAAAAGCCAAAACUCUUGAGCGAGAAGUGCCUUCAACAGCUAAGAGCCAGGAGUCUGUAGAAAGCAUAAUUAGUCACUCAACAUCGGAUCCGGCCAUGACUGCCAAAGGUAUACGACCUUUUCAAAGUCGCCUUCCAAAACCAGCUUCCUCAGGAAUAAUUAACCUUGCAAAGCAGAGUGAACAAGAACCAAGUUCUGUGACCUCUGCCUCAUUAGAGCAUACUGAAGAAACUGUGGAAAAUAGAAAAGUUCUUCCAGAGUGGACCACCAAGAAAACUACUAAAACAAAGGACAGAGCUCUGAGAGUGUGUACUUACUCUGCAAGCAGCAGUGACACUGAGCUGGAGCCAGAGUAUGAAACAAAUUAUUUUAGAACUGCAGAGGAGACUUUUGUAGAGUUAACAAAGAACAACAAACAAGCUGUGCAGGAAAAACAAAAUCAGAGAAAGUCAUUUCUGGGGAACCCAAUGUCAAUCUUGGAUUUAUACCAGCACAGUCUCUGUGGCCAUUUUGGAGAGGAUGGACCUGAACAAUUAACACAUUACAGUUUAAUUGAGCAGCUGAGCGGAGCUUCCAGUAAAGACAGCAAGGGCAAGGAGAGUCCAACUUGAUAAAACCACCAGCUAAUUAUGCAGAAAAUUACUACUAAUACAGGAAAGAUUUGACUGGAACCCACGACUUGGAGGUUAGCUGCUCUACACUAUUACCAAAUCUCACCCAGUUCUCAUGGAUACCAAACACAUCUGGUCUGCUGUCAGAUGUUCCUAUCUGCAGGAAAAGCUGCUGAUUCACAUUAGUGUGACUCUCAAAUGCAUUAAUGAACUAAUUACUUUAAGAUGCACAAUGCUAACAUCUUCGAGCUAACCCUUGUUCUUUGUUAUAACUGUGAUUCUGCUGAAGUCAGUAACAGAUGUAUAUGAACAAAACUAAAGACACUACUUAACCACAUACACAAUUUAUCAAACAAAUUCUAAUAAUGGUUGCUUUGGUUUUGCCUUUUGAUUCAUCUAGCAGCUAUUGUGACUGCCAUGAAAAAUAAGAAACUUAAUUAAGUAUGAAUCUAAAUUAAUACACUGUUACUUUUUUCCAAAUUGUAUCUAUAGUAACUAGGAAAAAAAUCCUUAAAGAACUUGGGGUAACAUUUGUUCUGACAUGCCAAGUUUAAAGAAGUUAUCGGUGACUUUUCAGCUCCAGGAGUACACAUAAUUUUGUUACUGUGGGAGAAAAUUAUUUGUGAUUAUGCAUAUUCUUACAUUAAUAUUUCUGCUUAAAGCUUUUUGUAUUUUUGCUCAUGGAGCUUAGGCUGUGAAUGUUUUCUUUUAUGUGUCAAGGACUAUAAUAUUGUAUUUUAACCCUCAAACUACAAAUAUAUUUUUAUUCCAUAUACAAUUUAACAGAAAAAUGUAACAGAUUUAAGUGUAGCUGUACUAAUAAAACCAUGAGAUAAGAUCAUACUGUACAUAUUGCACAACUGAUAUCAGAGUAUACUUCUAGAAUAUUAAUUCCCUACCAAAAGUCCUGUCCAGGUGACCCUACUUUCUUACCUGAUUACAAAAUUAGCAACAGGUGGCCUGAAACUGGUGUAGCCAAGCAGAUUACACCUACAUCAAAUGAAAACCCGCGAAAUAUUACUUUCCGUGUCACAUAAGCAUUGCCUUUACUUACUUGCAUACUAUUACAGUAAUGUGUUAGAGAAAGGAAAAGAUUAUUUUUCUUUUUUUACAAAAAGAUGCCUUAACUGGGCAUUAAGACAUCUAAAAAGGACAAAUUAUAUCCAAAAAUACCCAUAACUUAUUUCUGAAUUCUGUCUCUAUUGCAGUACUAAAUUUUGCUAGAACAACUUCUAGAAUUAGUUCUUCCUUUAAAUCUUGAUGUAUUGUAGAUGUACUGUUCAUGACUCUCUGUCUUUUGCCAAUGGGUUUCACCGAUGGGCUUCAGUUCAAUUUAAUUUGAUUCAAUGAUUUUGCUUAAAAUUUGUAGAGAAUAGGUUUUGUUCCCUGCAUUUUCUCUAAUACGUUUUAUAAACUGUUAGCCUUAUAUUAAAUGUGAAACUAGGGUGUGAUUAAAGUAGGGUUGUAGUCUAGGUUGUGCUUGUAAGGUAUAAUAAAUUAUUCAUGUUACAUAUACACAGAAUAUACCACUGUAUUCACUCUAGUCUGUCCUGUGGUUUAAAUCUAUGUCUCAGCCAGCCAGAGAUGCUGCUCUUACUUUGAUACUUCAUCUGGACUGCUCUGUGUAGCAAAUACUGUAGGUGUCUCUGCUCCUCCUGCCCAGGAGUUUAAAUUGGGCCCAUUUGAAUCGGUAAAAGUUUUAUCAUAGACCUUACUAACAGCAGUAUUGUCUUAGUGUUGUCUUCUUGCAGACCCAAGUUUGUGCUAAGUAGCCACAUUCAGUUUAUCUAAAAAAGAGCUGUGAAGUAGGAAAAAUAUCCAAAAGAAGAAAAAUCAUUUAGUUUGUCAUACAGUAUUGUGGGUUUAGUACUCUGAAGAGUGAAAAGUGCUAAUAUUUAUGUUAUUGAUGCUAUGCUUAAGAAUUUUUUCAUCUGGCCUACAGAGAAAUGAAACUGUUUCAGUAAUAGUAUGUAAUGUUUUAAGUGAGGGCAAAGGGGAGAACAUUUUAAGCUGAGAUUGUAGAGAAUUUCUAUUGAAGGAUCCUAAAUUUGGGUUCAUUCCCAUUACCAAGGGUUAUUUUCGUCUAUUUCAGAAAACAUUGUAAUUACAGGUAUUGAAGACCUUGGUUUUAACUGUCAUUUAAAAUCAGAAUCUAACAUAACAUUCCCUAAAACCUUUUAGACUGAAGAUUAAUUAAUGAACCAAACACAAAUUUUUCACUUACUGAGACUUUAGCAUCUCCUGUUGCUUUGCUUAAGUUUAUUUGAAAUAUUUGAUAAAAAUACUAACCUAAUCCAGGUAUUGUUAGCUUAUGAAAUGUGACAAGAUCGCAACAUUAAACAGUCACCAAACUGGCAUUUCAAUUUUUACCUAACUAGCCAAAAAUCAAGCAACCAACUAUGUAACUAUUUGUUAUCUUCUUGCCCAGGAUUUCCCAGGAUAAGCAUCACAGCGUGCACAACAUUUGACCUACUCAAAACUUCAAGUCUUCAAAAAAUUCUAAUGCCCCUUUAGAACUGCAUAUGUAAAGACACACAACAUCCAUACACCUGGCCAUGCUGCCUUUUCAGUGUGCUUUAAAAUACCAUUUCAUUUUGUAUCGAAACCAAGAUAUUAAUGUGUUGGAUCGACAGUCAUUUACUGAUUCAGUCUUUGCUAUCUGAUGGUAAUAACAAAAAUGGGGAAUGGCUUGCACUCUUGACAGCGUAUCUCAGGAUUCUUGAAUCUUAUCUCUCCGAGAGGUUGUUGAAUGUUGAAUGUAAAGUGUUGAAUGUUAUCUCAUAUUUCUGUGAUAAUAUUACCUGUAAGAGAAGUUCGUUAUGCAUAUUUCAAAACACCCUGUAUAUGAACAGCAGGUGAUUUUUAUUGAACUGCUCCCUACAUGUUCCCUAACUAUUCCUUGGUCAGAUCUCUGAUUAUAAAUACCAGUAGCUAACAAAGGGACCAAAUUACUCUUGUAUAAUCCUACUGUGCAUUUUUAAUAUAAUGUGCUAAUACAUCGUCCGGUGUUCCUGCAGAAUUACAACACUUCUCCGAGUAGGCCUGGCCAGUAUCUGAUUGAUUCUGGUCCGUGGGGAUUGGCCCAGUUCAGUAUAAUUUCCUGUCUCGCUGCUUUCUUGUCUGUCAGAGAGGGUUUGGGUCCCUGGAAAUCAAUGGGCUUACACAUGCAAAAUGGGAGGUUAUUCUCUGGCAAGUUUCAUUUGUGUCUGUAAUUUACAGAAAAUGCUGUUUUCUCCUCUGAACAUGUCUAUGCAGCUUUUGUUUCAGCAGACUCCAGACUCAAACAAAUACCUGUUUACAUACCCAGCAAAGUAUUCAUAAAGGAGCUGUAAAUUACUGUGAAGGUGCUGGAGAUGCUUAACACAUGCAUACCCAGGAUCUGCUACUUAAGACAUUAAUAGCACUUCAGUGUUUUGUAAAUGGAGUCCUAUUUGUCUCAGCAGAAUCAUUAAAGUUAUGAUUUAUCCUAAAAUGGACAUUAAUGUUCUAUUUAAUUGUAACAGAUAUUUAAGCAUCUAACAAUCUAUCUCCUUUAACCCUGUGAACUUUGGAAAGACAGCAAUUAAUGGUGUACAGUAGGAUAACUUUAUUUUUAUAAGAAAUAUGUUUCUAAUAUUUCCCU